AUGGAGAGUCCUCUACCAUACAGAGUACUUAGAAAAGGUGCUUGGACCCCUGCUGAAGACGACCUUCUCAGAAGCUGCAUUCGAAUACAUGGAGAAGGCGAAUGGCAUAAAGUCCCUUCAAGAGCUGGUUUAAACAGAUGUAGGAAAAGUUGUAGAUUAAGGUGGUUAAACUAUCUUAAACCAGGUAUUAAAAGAGGAGAAUUCACAUCAGAUGAGAUUGACCUAAUGAUCAGGCUUCACAGCCUACUGGGAAACAGAUGGUCACUAAUAGCUGGUAGACUACCGGGGAGAACAGCAAAUGAUGUAAAGAAUUUCUGGAACACUCAUAUGCAUAAGAAGCUGAGGCUUAGUGAUCCUCAUUGUAAGGAAGAUGAUGUGAAAGACAAAACAGUAAAAAUAUCAUGGCCUCAACCCUGCAAAUUCUCAAAAAAUAUAUCAUUAUUUACUGCAACUGCAAAAGAUAAAUAUCAGCAUGAAAAUGACAAUGAUAAUGAUAAUCUUGGCAAUGGCAAGGCUUCUGUAACCGUUGCAUUUCCACCGUUAGACAGUAAAGAUGACAUAAAUAAUCAACCUAACACCACAAACCCUCUUGCAGGAGAAGGUGCCCCCACAUUCUUUGAAGGGGAGGGCAGUAGUGACUAUGGAAAAUGA